AACAACUUCUGACCAAUUAAUUAGGAAUAUACAGUAUCCUGGCAUAGCAAAUUUUUUAAAAAUAAAGUUUUACAAUAAAAAUAAUUUUAUUUUGUUUUCUUAACAGAAAUCAUAGCCCAUUAAUGAGUUUUGGAGCCAGCUUUGUCAGUUUUUUGAAUGCUAUGAUGACAUUUGAGGACGAAAAAAUGCAGUUGGCUUGUGAUGACUUAAAAACCACAGAAAAGCUGUGUGAAAGUGAAGAGGCUGGAGUUAUUGAAACAAUCAAGAAUAAAAUUAAGAAGAAUGUUGACGUCCGAAAAUCCACCCUCUCUAUGGUCGAUCGGCUCCAGAGGCAGAUAAUCAUAGCCGACUGUCAGGUUUACCUGGCUGUGCUCUCCUUUGUGAAACAGGAGUUGUCAGCAUACAUAAAAGGUGGGUGGAUCCUUAGGAAAGCCUGGAAGAUUUACAAUAAGUGCUAUUUGGACAUCAAUGCCCUCCAGGAGCUGUAUCAGAAGAAGCUCACAGAAGAACCCUUGACUUCUGACGCUGCAAAUGAUAAUCACAUUGUGGCUGAAGGGGUGUCUGAGGAGUCUCUAAACAGACUGAAAGGUGCUGUUAGCUUUGGAUAUGGCCUUUUUCACCUUUGCAUAUCCAUGGUGCCCCCAAACCUGCUCAAAAUCAUCAACCUGCUGGGUUUUCCUGGAGACCGCCUGCAGGGGCUUUCUUCACUGAUGUAUGCAAGCGAAAGUAAGGACAUGAAGGCCCCUUUAGCUACGUUAGCGCUGCUCUGGUACCACACUGUGGUCCGCCCGUUUUUUGCCUUGGAUGGCAGUGACAACAAAGCAGGCCUGGACGAAGCAAAGGAAAUUCUUCUCAGAAAAGAAGCUGCUUAUCCCAAUUCUUCCCUUUUUCUGUUUUUCAAGGGACGCAUACAACGAUUAGAGUGUCAGAUCAACAGUGCCUUGGCUUCCUUCCAUACUGCUUUGGAACUUGCAGUAGAUCAGAGGGAAAUCCAGCAUGUCUGUCUGUAUGAGAUUGGCUGGUGCAGCAUGAUAGAGCUGAACUUCAAGGAUGCGUUCGAUUCCUUUGAGAGGCUGAAAAACGAGUCCAGGUGGUCCCAGUGCUAUUACGCCUACUUGACCGCAGUUUGUCAAGGAGCCACCGGUGAUGUGGACGGGGCCCAGAUUGUCUUUAAAGAGGUCCAGAAACUCUUCAAGAGGAAAAACAAUCAGAUUGAGCAGUUCUCAGUGAAAAAGGCAGAAAGAUUUCGGAAGCAGACCCCGACCAGAGCGCUGUGUGUGCUGGCCUCCAUCGAAGUGUUGUAUUUGUGGAAAGCCCUUCCCAACUGCUCCUUCCCCAACCUCCAGAGGAUGAGUCAGGCUUGCCAUGAAGUGGCUGACCCAUCCGUCGUUGGGCUGAAGUACCUGCUGCUGGGGGCCAUACACAAAUGCCUGGGGAACACCAGGGAUGCCGUGGAGUUCUUUCAUCGAGCUGUUAAAGAUGAGUUGUGCCGUCAGAAUAACUUAUAUGUUCAGCCAUAUGCUUGCUACGAACUUGGCUGUCUUCUCUUAGACAAACCAGAGACUGUAGGAAGAGGCAGAGCUCUCCUCCUCCAAGCAAAGGAGGAUUUCUCCGGCUACGACUUUGAGAACAGAUUGCACGUCCGCAUCCACGCUGCUCUGGCCUCUCUGAGGGAACUGGUCCCCCAGUGACAGACCUGAAGGACGUCCGUGCUCUGUCCCUCCCCACACAGGUUCUGCACUUUACAGGCAGAGGACACAACUCUUGUGAAGAUCAACCACCUGUGCCAGGGACGCGCGUUCUCAGUUAGGCUGACAUGUUAACGAUCUCCUCUUUUAAACACAUAGCUAAACAGUAAUAAUGAUGAUGAUAAUAGUAGUAAUAACUAACCACCUGGGGAGAGGGUUAAGUGACCUUGUUCAGACAUUUUAGUUUUGUGAUUUAUUUUUAAAAUAAAAUUAAGCUAAAUAUUCAACCUGCGAUCUUGUAGGAAUGCCUCCCUUAAGCACACUUCUCACUGGGUGACACUCAGAGGUUCUGUGAAAUUAUUAACAGUAUCAUGACACAGCAUUUAUAUUGUGUUUUGAAAAAGUAAAAGCGCUUUCUAGUGUUUCACUUGAUCCUCAGACUGUUCUGUGAAUAACGUAGCACAGAUAUUAUCUCCAUUGUCCAGACAAUGGAACUCAGGCACGAAAAGGCUAAACUGACUUGUCCCAGCUAAUUAUCCCUCUUAUUCUGGAGUGACGACUAGAAUGCAGGUCUCCUGACUGCAGACCGAAUACUCUUUCACU